GCCACAUUAAGCACAAGAAAUCAAGAACACACAGCGAGGAGAGUUUAGAGCAAGCAAAAAUGCCUAUUGCUUCGAAUGCAGCCACCUUGGCGUUCUUCCUCAUAGUCAUUCUUUCCGUCUCUCAUAUUGCAUCCUCCCUUCGCCAUGGCCUUGGUGUGUGCCACGCCAGUGGCUACCUUCCCGGGAAGGCUGGACAUUGUGAAAAGAGUAAUGACCCUGACUGUUGUGAGGAUGGCAAGAAAUAUCCCCAGUACCACUGCUCGCCUCCAGUCACCGCAUCCACAAAGGCUGUGCUAACGCUCAACAGCUUCGAGAAGGGCAAAGACGGCGGCGGCCCGUCCGAGUGCGACAACGCCUACCACAGCGAUGAGGAGAUGGUUGUCGCGCUCUCCACGGGUUGGUUUGAGAACAUGGGCCGAUGCGGCCACCGCAUCAAGAUCACCGCCAACGGCAAGUCUGUCUAUGCUAAGGUGGUGGACGAGUGUGAUUCCGUGUAUGGAUGUGAUGACGAACACAACUAUGAGCCACCCUGUGACAACAACAUCGUCGACGCCUCUCCGGCGGUAUGGAACGCCCUAGGUCUUGACCAGAAUGUCGGCAUGGAGGGCAUCACCUGGUCUGAUGACUGCCGGGCCAGCGGCUACCUCCCAGGGAAGGCCGGCCAUUGCGAAAAGAGCAACGAUCCAGAUUGUUGCGAGGACGGCAAGAGGUACCCGCAAUACCACUGCUCCCCACCCGUGACAUCAAGCACGAAAGCCGUGCUGACGCUUAACAGCUUCGAGAAAGGUAAGGACGGCGGCGGUCCGUCAGAGUGUGACAACUCCUACCACAGCGACAAGGAGAUGGUCGUCGCCCUCUCUACCGGCUGGUUCAAGAACAUGGCCCGCUGUGGCCACCGCAUCAAGAUUACCGCCAAUGGCAACUCCGUGUACGCCAAAGUGGUGGACGAGUGCGAUUCUGUGUAUGGAUGUGAUGACGACCACAACUACGAGCCGCCGUGUGCCAACAACAUUGUGGAUGCCUCACCGGCGGUGUGGAACGCCUUGGGGCUGGACCAGAAUGUUGGUAUGGAGGAUAUCACCUGGUCAGAAGAGUAA